AAGCGAGGACGGCGGAAGCGAGGACUGCGUUGCGCAAGCGGUAUCCAAAAAUUCUCCUGGACCCACGUGGAAGUUGCGCUCAGGAUGCUGCGCCGCGAGGCCCGCCUUCGCCGCGAGUACCUGUACCGCAAGGCGCGAGAGGAGGCUGAGCGAACGGCCCAGGAGAGGAAGGACAAGGUUCGGCGCGCGCUUGAGGAGAACCGCCUGAUUCCCACCGAGUUACGCAAGGAAGCUCUGGCCUUACAGGGGGCCCUGGAAUUUGACGAUGCCGGCGGUGAAGGUGUGACCAGCCACGUAGAUGAUGAGUAUCGAUGGGCAGGGGUUGAGGAUCCCAAGAUCAUGAUUACAACCUCCCGAGAUCCCAGUUCCCGCCUUAAGAUGUUUGCAAAGGAGCUGAAGUUGGUGUUCCCUGGUGCCCAGCGCAUGAACCGUGGCCGGCAUGAGGUAGGAGCUCUGGUGCGAGCCUGCAAAGCCAAUGGGGUCACUGACCUGCUGGUUGUCCAUGAGCAUCGAGGCACACCCGUGGGGCUCAUUGUCAGCCACCUGCCCUUUGGCCCAACUGCGUACUUCACACUGUGCAACGUAGUCAUGAGGCAUGACAUCCCUGACCUGGGCACUGCAUCAGAGGCCAAGCCUCAUCUCAUCAUGCAUGGAUUCUCCUCCCGCCUGGGUAAGCGGGUCUCUGACAUACUCCGCUACCUGUUCCCUGUGCCCAAAGAUGACAGCCACCGGGUCAUCACCUUCGCCAACCAGGACGACUACAUCUCCUUCCGGCACCACGUAUACAAGAAGACCAACCACCGCAAUGUGGAGCUGACUGAGGUUGGGCCACGCUUUGAGCUGAAGUUGUACAUGAUCCGACUGGGCACGCUGGAACAGGAGGCCACUGCAGAUGUAGAGUGGCGCUGGCACCCCUACACCAACACCGCACACAAGAGAGUCUUCCUGAGUGCUGCGUGAGCCCACUCACCAGUCAGGAUGUGGCCCUGGACCCGGGAGGUGGGGAGAGGUCAGAUGAAAUCUGAUUGCCACAGCACGCUGUUUACCUCCUAAGUGGUCAGGGCAGGUCUGUCUGUUGAGUGUGAAAGGUGUGGGGUCUCCUCAGGUGCGGACCUCACAGCUCCGGGACGUCCUCAGGCCCGGUAGUGACGUGUGUAGGACAAGGCAGACCUGAUGAGGUGACAAGCUCCUGGGCUGUUGGGAGGGUUAGGUGCUACCCUGGGAGAUCUGGUGCUGCUGUUAGUGACCCUGUACAUUCUUCAUUUGGGAAUGGGAAUAAAAAUGUGAGUGCAAAAUUUCACAGUGGAGAUUGGCCCUGGGGACCAACUUUCAGCCAGGGCAGGCAGAAAAUAAACAAGAUGCAAACCAUU